AUGGUGGCUCCCAAGACAAUUAAUAUCGCUGUAAUCGGCGCCGGUGGUGUUGGAUCCUGCUUCCUGGAGCAACUCGCAUGGCUUGCAAAGAACCAGCCCAUCCAUAUCAGCUUGUGCUAUCUCGCUACCAUUGACGGGGCACUGUAUCACCCGGACUACUCAGAGCUCAAUAUCGAGACGGCACUCUCUACUCUUGAGAAAGCCCCUUCUCCCUUACCUUCAAUCCCGGAAACGAUUGACUACUUGGCUGGCACUCCCCAUAAAGUCAUUCUUGUCGACAACACCAGUGCUACCAGUCUCGCCGAGGCCUAUCCUCAGUUCCUAGCCAAAGGCAUCAACAUCAUCACCCCCAACAAAAAGGCCUUCUCGGGAAGCUACCAACUAUGGCAAGAGAUCUUCGGCGCAGCCAAGUUAAGUGGGGCUCUAAUUUAUCACGAGUCAUCAGUUGGUGCUGGUAUGCCCAUAAUCUCCACUGUAAAGGAUCUAGUUCAAACCGGCGACGAGGUCACCAAGAUAGAAGGUGUUUUCAGUGGAACGAUGUCCUAUCUUUUUAACACUUUCGCGCCUCCUUCCGGCCAAGGUGGCGGAAAGUGGUCAGAAAUCGUCCUCAAAGCCAAAGAACUUGGUUUCACUGAGCCUGAUCCCCGGGAUGAUCUCAACGGUCUGGACGUGGCGCGGAAGUUGACCAUUCUGGGUCGCCUCUCGGGUCUGCCCAUCGAAUCACCUUCGUCUUUUCCUGUCCAAAGCCUGAUUCCUAGGGAGCUCGAAUCAACAGCGAAUAGCCAGGAGUUCCUCACAAAGCUUCCAGAAUUUGACAGCCGUAUGGAAGAGCAAAAAGCUCUCGCCGAAAAGGAGGGUAAGGUUGUACGCUAUGUGGGAAGUGUCGAUAUGGCGACCAAGGCUGUCAAGGUUGGCAUGGAAUGGUUUGAUCCUGACCACCCCAUUGCGACGCUCAAGGGAAGUGAUAAUAUCAUUAGCUUUUACACCAAGAGGUAUGGGGACAUGCCCCUGACCAUUUGCGGUGCCGGGGCUGGUGGGCCUGUUACUGCGAUGGGAGUGACGGGCGAUCUGCUCAAGAUCUUAUAUCAACUUGGUUAA